AUGACUCUCAAAAUUGCGGUAACAUUACUUUUAACCCUAAGAGCAAGUACGCCCUAUACUAUAUUAUCGAGUGAAGUGCAGGUUUCGAUGGGACGCAGCAGGUGCAACACGUAUUUCGCUCCUCCUGGAUAUGACGAUUGUAAAUCGGUUGAUUCACAGGUUCGCCCCACGGCAAGUGGAGUGACAUCCGCAGCUUCACCUUCUACCUCUGAGCAGAACCAAGCGAAAACGGUUGCCGCAGCCAGGGGAACAAGUCGGCCAACACAUCCGACCGAAGUUGCCAGUUCAAGUUCUUCCUCUCACAAACCCAUGCUUCCUAGCAGCGAUUCUCGUGGUGGCGGGGUACGACGAGCUGAUAACACAGGCGGCGGCACGACGCAAAGCAGCAACAGAGGGUCGUCCACCAAUGCUCCAAAUUUUUCUGGACAAGCGCCGUCACGAAGUGUUGACGACGUGCGGUCAGGUGAAACAGCACAAGGACCCGCACGUGUAGGGGAAGAGCAAAACAGGGAUGCGGAAAAGAGAAAGGGAAUGUCAGUCGAGCUAGCGACACAACACGACGGCCGUCACGCAACGGAGCAACAGAGUGCGCCUUCAGUUGCUGGGGGAGAAAGGGGGGAAGGAGUGAAAGCUGUGGGGAAACAUUCGAUGGAUGAGAAUGAAGAUGGGAUUUCGCGGCGGCAAGUGUCAGGACGGGAUGAUGACUACGUAGCGUCGGCCAUGCGGGGCGGAGCUCCCAAACCUGAAGUGAGCAGGCCCUCGGAGGUGAUAACAACCGAUGCGGAUGAAGGUUCCUCUUCGGGGGGAAGUACACAAAAGGGCAAUGGCGUCGAUCAGAGAAGACAUGCAACGCUGUACCCCGCACUUCUUACAUUCAUCUUCUGCUAA